AUGACAUUGCCGCGUUUCGACGAGAUUCGCCCGAAAAUCGAGGCGCAUAUUCGAGAAAUUAAGGAUUUUCCGAAAAAGGGCAUCAAUUUUAGGGACAUAAUGCCGCUUUUUACCAAUCCGCAACUCGUUAAUGAGCUUUGCGUCGUUGUUGCUGACCAUAUUAGGCAUUCGGUUGGACAAGUCGACGGAAUUGCGGGUCUUGAAGCGAGAGGAUUCCUUUUCGGACCUCAAAUCGCCAUCCAACUCGGUGUGCCUUUCGUCCCAAUCCGCAAGAAGGGCAAACUUCCGGGUUCGACGGUUCAAGCGUCGUACGUCAAAGAAUAUGGAGAGGAUAUUGUCGAAAUUCAAGAAGGAAGUGUGAAGAAGGGACAACGCGUCGUCAUUAUUGACGAUCUUCUCGCAACGGGAGGAACAUUGAGGGCCGCUUCCGACUUAAUCCAGAAGGUCGGCGGAAUUGUCGCUGAAGCUUUCGUCAUCAUCGAAUUGGCCCCAUUGAAUGGUCGCGCCAAGAUUCCUGAUGUCAAACUGACCGCGUUGAUUUCAUAUAACGAUGCUUGA